AUGACUAGGACUUCAUCGAUAACAAAUGAAAAAUAUUCAAAAACGAAAAAAUGGCUCGGAUCCGGAUUGGAUUUAGAUGUUUGGCAUAGAAAUAGUGGAACGAUAGAAUGCCCGAGGACUCGUUCUGGAACAUGGCCGAGAACGAGGUCGUUAAAUGCUCCGAGUCCAUUUCAGCAAUUUGGCCCCUGCGGGCGAAUAAUGAAAAAUUCAGCCAUGGUUAUGACCAUACAAGAUCCGGCGAGUCAACGUUUGACGUGGUACAAACCACCGUUGACGGUUUUAGUUAUAAAAAAAGUACGAGACGUAUCGGUUUUGCAACCUUUCGUACAACUCGUCAAAUGGCUCACGGAAGAGAAAAGAAUGGUCGUUUUCGUCGAGAAUUCCGUCAUGGACGACAACGUUUUAGUCAACAAUCCUGGAUUUUCGUCCGUUAAAGAUAAACUCAUGACAUUCAAAGAUGGAAAAGAUGACCUGACGGAUAAAAUUGAUUUUAUUAUAUGUUUGGGCGGAGACGGGACUCUCCUAUACGCGAGCCUCCUCUUUCAACAAUCCGUGCCUCCCGUCAUGGCAUUUCAUUUGGGUUCCUUGGGUUUUUUAACCCCUUUCCAAUUUGAAAAUUUUCAAGAACAAGUCACGAACGUACUCGAGGGUCACGCCGCCCUCACUCUGAGAAGUCGGCUACGUUGCAUCAUAUUGAGACGAAACGAAGAAUCGAAAUCUCCGACGAGUUUGUUAGUUUUGAACGAAGUCGUCGUCGACAGAGGACCAUCUCCGUACCUUUCUAACAUAGAUCUCUUUUUAGAUGGAAAGUACAUAACAUCGGUGCAAGGUGAUGGAUUGAUCGUGUCUACUCCGACGGGUAGUACAGCAUAUGCCGUCGCUGCGGGAGCAUCGAUGAUACAUCCGAGCGUUCCCGCGAUAAUGGUCACUCCUAUUUGUCCUCAUUCGUUAUCGUUCAGGCCGAUCGUCGUGCCGGCCGGAGUCGAACUUAGGGUAGCCAUAUCACCGGAUAGUAGAAACACGUCGUGGGUUUCAUUCGACGGUAGAAAUCGCCAGGAACUCUUUCACGGAGACAGUUUGAGAGUGACGACAUCCAUUUAUCCGGUACCAUCGAUUUGUGCUCAAGAUCAAAUAUCGGAUUGGUUCGAUUCGCUAGCCGAAUGCUUACAUUGGAACGUUAGAAAAAGGCAAAAACAUUUGGACGAACUCAGCGAUUUGACUCAUUCGAGUUCUAAUGACACGUUGGAUUCGUUGGAUCACACGGAACAAAUCGACAGUUGA